AUGGGGAGCGCUGGAAAGAAGCCAUUGGUCUAUGUACUUGAUCCUUACCAUCCGGCCGCCAUUGAGCUGCUUAAGGCUGAUACUUCGGUGGACGUCAUUCUGCCACCUGAGGCAAGCAAAGAUGAUGCACUGCCGCGCGCAACUGGCAUUCUCCUACGCAGCGACACUCGCAUCAAUGCUGCAGACCUCGAAGGUGCCAAUUCUAAGCUGAAGUUCAUUGUCAAGCAAGGUGUCGGCGUCGACAAUGUCGAUUUGCAAGCGGCAAAGAGUCGAAAUGUCGGAGUCUUCAAUACGCCCGGAUUGAACUCCGAAUCUGUCGCCGAAAUGACGCUGACUUUGGCACUCUGCGUUGCAAGACGCGUCACAGAAUUCGAUCGCAAGAUCCGUGAUGGUGAGAAGGUCGUUCGUAGCCAAAUGCUCGGAAAGAGCCUGUUCAGGAAGUCUCUGGGUAUUGUUGGCAUGGGCGCUAUCGGUUCCGAGUUGGCCAAAAAGUGGAAAGGGGCAAUGAAUGGACCACUGAUUGCAUUCGAUCCUUACGCGAAAGAAGAGGCCUGGCACGACCUGUUCGGGUUGGAGGGCUUCACACGCGUUCAGAAUCUGAACGAUCUCCUGAAAGCUGUUGAUGUGGUAUCGCUCCAUGUUCCACUCACCACAUCGACGACGAAUCUGAUUGGGGAGAAGGAACUUGCCAUAAUGAAGGACGAUGCAAUCCUGCUGAACUGUGCCAGGGGUGGUGUAGUGGAUGAGGCGGCUUUGCUGAAAGCGCUACAGGCUGGGAAGCUCUUUGGUGCCGGCCUUGAUGCCAUGCAGCAUGAGCCUCCCAGCCGCGCUCGUUACGGUGAAACACUGCUUACACAUCCACGGGUCGUCCUGACACCACAUGUUGGUGCUUCAACAGAGGAGAAUCAGGCAAUGAGUGGAAGAAGGGCAGCUGAAAUACUACUUGACCUCAUCGCGGGCAGAGGUGAGCAUCAAUCUUUAGCCUAG